UUUGCCCCGCCCUUGGAGCGUCCCCGUCGCUCAGCUGCAGCUGCGGCCAUUCUGUCUGAGUGUCUGGUGGAAAAAGCCAGCCAGCUGAGCUGAUCGCUGCUGCAGAGCCGGUAAGACGACACCUGUCCGCGACAUGCGCCUGUUGGAGGUCCUGCUGCACUCCUCCUCCUCGGACAUGAGGAGCAAACAGCAGCGGAGCGCCAAGAAGGCCCCGCUCCCUGACCGCUUCGAUAUGUCCUGCUUCGAGGUGUCCCUGCAGCAGCUCAACGACCUGCUGACGGACGAGCGCGGCUUGUACGUCUGGCCCAGCAGACACUUCCACGAGGUUUACCCACGGAUCUACAUCGGCAACGCAUUUGUGGCGACAAACGUGAUGCGCCUCAAGCGUCUGGGCGUCACUCACAUACUGAACGCGGCCGAGGGAAACUCCUACAUGCACGUCAACACCAACGCGGAGUUCUACUCCGGCUCAGGAAUCAUCUACCAUGGCAUCCCAGCCAACGACACCGACCACUACGACAUCAGUGUCUACUUCGAUGAGGCGGCAGACUUCAUAAAGAAGGCCCUGGCAUAUAAAAGUGGAAAAGGAAAAGUGUACGUUCACUGCAGGGAAGGCUACAGCCGCUCGCCUACCUUGGUCAUUGCGUACCUAAUGCUUCACCAAAAAAUGGAUGUCCAUACUGCUCUGGCCAUGGUGCGACAAAAAAGAGAGAUCGGACCCAACGACGGCUUCCUCCGGCAGCUCUGUAGGCUAAACCAGAGGCUGGCUGCUGAGGGGAAACUGUGGAAGAAAUGAGCGGCGCAAGUAAAAGAAGAGUAUCGUAGCAAAAGUAUGCUCAGUUGCACGUGGCUUACUUUCUACUUGUUCAAAGCUUGAAUGGGCCACAGGUCUGUGAAGGUAUGUUCUGAACAGAAGGAGAGGUAUUUACCUUUUGACUGAGGGUGACAGCCGUAAGUGUUCUAUCUACUGUACAGAGCAGAUAAACACAUCGUACACACUGACACGUAUGGCGUCUUGCUCACGUUCACUCAAGCGAAGGUGCUUCUGGGUCUUUACUAGACAAUUCACUUGACCCUAUCAGAUCAUGUCAGCAAUUGUAAAAUGAUUUACCCUUGCAUUGGAUAUGGAUAGCAUUCUUCAAAAGCAUAUAAAUAUAUGUAUAUAUAAACUACUUGGAAUACUUGAGGUGUUUCUUUAAAACUGUGUACUCUGCAUUACUUGAACAAUGGUUAGGUGACUUGCCAUGGAAUGACCCCUUUUAAUAAGCAUUACUAAUAACGUGUUUAAAAUCCUAUAGAAUUGGUUAAAUAGCCAUUUUCUGCCAUUUUUUCACAGACAUUUUCUGAAUAUCAGACGGUUCAGUGGUUAUUUGUCAUGUUAUCGUAGUUUGCUGCGUUUUCUUGAUGCUUACCAUUUCUGUUAAUAGGUAUAUAAUGCAGUUAUUGUUAGUGGUAGUAAGAAACAAGACUGUGUUACUGUUACACUCAGUCUAUUUGUUCUUCCACCUUUCUAGCCAUGGGUCCUUCAUCUUGGCCCUACAAACACUGCCGGUUGUCUCAGUCAAAGCCUGUGUCACUGUGAGUUUUCAUGUUAAGUCAGGAUAAUUUUAGAAAACUAGAGGAUUUUAAUAAAGUAUUUUUGUCUAAUGUAUUUCCAAUGUGUAAAGCAACUUAAUCUUUGAACAGUAUUGCACUUACAUUUAGAAAGCUGCUUAAGGACUAUUCCUGAAUUCUGUCUUGUGGGUUCUGUGCUUUAUAGAGUAGCCUACUCACCCCGUUUGCACUGUAACAUUAUUGAGUUCACAUUAAUAAAAAAUAAUUUAAAAUAAAUGGUUUUAAAUCAUAGAAUUAGUUGGAAAGGUGAUCAAAUAUAUAUGUUAAACAUGAUGGUAAUUGUUUUAAGCUCAACCAUAUUUGUGCCAAACUAAGUGGUUGAGACUAGUUAAAAUGCAUUAUUGAACUAGUAUAAAAUUGCUAAGUUAUUAAUUGGUAAAUAAUCAAAGCAAGUACUUGACUUUGAACUUAACAGAAACACUGUGUUUUUGUGUUUUGGUAACUAGCCAAAAAGAGAAAAAACAAAACGGCUUUGUGUUUGGUGUGAAAACAUGAAAGCAAUUUAUUCAUCUAGCUCUGAAAAAAGGUAUUCCUGUAAAUAUGAAAUUACUGCAUAUGACCUUAAUUUUAAUAAAAUAUGGAUUUUGGCUUAGCUUAAAUGCUAUAUUUUACAGUUUGUGUUAAGCUAACUAGCCUAAAAGUAGCUGUUUAGUGUUUAUUGUUUUAUUCAUCUAGCUUUAACAACCUGUAUCUUAGACUUAGACAACUUUAUUGUCCUUUUGUAUGUACAGAGUGCAUACAGAACGAAAUUUCGUCUCCCCGCAUAUAAAUUAUUAUUAAUAAUUGUUGCUUAAUUAGCCAAGUAUUAAAUAACUUUUAAAUUAAUAGCUUGCUAAAAGAACAGGAUUCCAAUGAAAACGUUAAUGGAUAAUGAUCCUUUCACUGAUCAUCACUGCAACUGUAUACCGAAUGUAACAUCAACCCAGCCAAACUGUCAGUAAGCCAAACUGUAAGUUUUUACCUUCUAUAGGUAAUCUUUUGUACUAAAGAGUGUUUCUAUGUUUGUAUUUUUGGCAGCUUAAAUGCAGUUUUAUAUUGUACAGUUGCACGCUUUGUGAUAUGUGUGCCAAAGUGUUGAUUAUAGUCCUUAAUGGACACAGCUAUGUUUCUGUGUACCUAAUGUGCAUUAUUAAGUGUGCAUUAUUUGUCACAGUGUGCUCUAUUGUGCCUGUAACUUGUGACUCAUUGUGUACAUUACUGAGUAAGAUGUGAUGUAACCUAAUUAAUGGAAUCAGAAGAUUUACAGUCUCAGAUUAUGACACAGCUUUGAUGAAGUGCACUUUAUCCAAUGACACUUGGGAUUGUGAUUGUUCUCUUUUCAUACAUUAAAUACAAAAUGUGAAAAAG